GCAGCAGCCUCGCUCUGGUCCGGUGGCCUCUCGCGGCGGUCGCAAACUUCCACCUCCUCCCGCCCGCCGCCUCCGCCCCCUUUCCACCUCCGCCGCGCCGCACAUGCUCCCCCGCCGCGUCCUCCUGCCGGCACCUCGCGCCCUCUCCACCACCACCACCACCACCACCGUGACCGUGCCGGCGCCGCUCUCCGCCGCGGAGCUCGAGGCCCUCCUCCGCCGCGACCACUACUCGGCCUCCACCCGCCGGUUCCACUCCCUCCUCCCGCUCCUCUCCCACCCCGCCCUCCUCCUCGCCUCCGCCCUCCACCUCCGCCACCGCUCCCACCCCUCCCUCCCACUCCCCCUCUCCGCGCAGCCCCAUCCUCUCCCCACCACCACCACCGCCGCCGCCGCCGCGCCCCCCUCCCCCUCCUCCCACCUCCGCCUCAUCCUCCCCUCCCGCCUCAAGGGCCGUCCGCUCCCGCUCCCGUCCCUCCCGCUCCGCCUCGCCAUGCUCUCCGCGGCCUCCGCCCUCGACGCCGUCUUCGCCCCGCGCGCCGCCACCUUCGCCUACCGCGCCCGCCACGCCGCCAUCCGCUACCUCCGCUCCAUCCCCAACGCCACCUGGUUGUUCCGCGUCGCCAUCCCGCGCCAGCCCUUCGCUCCCCGACACGUCCGUCGCCUUCUCGACGCCAUCUCCGGCAAGGUCGACGACCCGGGGUUCCUGGACUAUCUGCGCGAGCUCUUCCUCUCGGACGCGAUAGCCUUCGAGCUCGGCGGCUCCGACCUCUGCCGUGGGCUCCCUCAAGAGUCCGAGCUCACCAGCACGCUGCUCAACAUAUUCUUUGAUCCUGUGGAUAGAGAGGUAAUGGCCAUCCGGGAGGAGGUGCACAAGAAGAAUCCUAGAGUCAAGGAUGAGAGCAUUCGGCAGACGCCUGUGAGAGUGUAUGCGGUCCGGUAUCUCGACGAGAUGAUGGUUGUGACGUCCGGGUCGAAGAUGCUCACACUUGAGGUCAGAGAUAGGAUCCUCACAGUGUUGGAGAGGGACUUGGAACUGAAGGUUGACAGGUUUGGUAGCUCACUCCACAGUGCAGUGUCAGAGAAGAUGGAAUUCCUGGGGAUGGAGUUCCAAGCUGUGCCGCCAUCGGUCUUACACCCUCCCAUGUCUGAGAAGGCCAAGAGGGCAAAAAAGAUGUAUCUGAAGAGGAAGGCAGCAGAGGCACAGGAGCUGAAGAAUGCCCGGGAAACGCGGAGGAAGAAGCUUGGGUUGAAGAUACUGAACCACCUGUUCAAGAAGGUGAGGCGUGGGCAUGAGUUUGAGUUUGGCUUCCGAAUCGAGGAUGAAGUGUGCCAGGAGUUCAAGGGUUGGGCAGAGGAGACAGUGGUCGAAUACUUCAAGUCACAGGAGCAUCGCCGUUAUUGGCAUCGAUUGUUCACAUCCGGUGACUUCUUGGCCCUGAAUAGGGUUAGAGAUCAGUUGCCACCAGCAUUGGUGGACUCUUAUGAUCAAUUACAGGAAACACUGGACAGGUUCUUGAUGCCGAGGAGGGGCCACGACAUGACUGAGGAUGAGGAGAUGCUAGCAGAGGAGGAGGACGAGAGACAAUACGAGAAGAGGAUUGUUCAGGACUUGACAGAGUUGAAGAUGAGGGUUAAUGCACCAAUUGAGCUUGUAAGAAAGGCGGUAAAGUUGGCUGGAUUCACUAAUUCCAUGGGACGGCCACGACCAAUAAAACUACUCAUCUGCCUGGAUGAUGCAGAUAUCAUCAAAUGGUAUUCUGGUGUGGGGAGGAGGUGGCUAGAUUUCUUCUGCUGCUGUCGGAAUUUUAAGAUGGUCAAGAUUGUGGUGAGUUAUCACUUGAGGUUCUCCUGCUUCUUGACAUUGGCGGAGAAGCACGAGUGCACCAAGAGGCAAGCAAUUAGCCAUUAUACAAAGGAUUUGAAGGUGACAAAUGAAAAUGGAGUGGCAGAAGUGUACUUCCCAACAGAGAGGGAGAUCAAGAUGAUGGGCGAUAAGAAUCUCUCUGAUCCAAAGCCUGUGGAUGGAGCCUUGACAAUGAUAUUGGUCAGAUUGGCAGUCGAUGACACCUCCCUUCCGUGCCUGGCACAUUUUUGUGCUGGAACAGAAACUGCCCUUUACCGAAUACGUCUUCUGCAGAAUCGCCUAAAUGUAGACCCUUUGAAUGAAAAGAAGUGGGUCCAAGGACUAAGUGCCAUUCAUGAGAGUCUGAACAAGAAAUGCCUCCCACUGUGCUCCAUGCAUGCAAGCGAUCUACUUCUUGGCAAGAUUACUCUCCAGGAUAUUGAUUGUACUCAAUUUGUUGAUGUGAUGUGAAAUGAAAAAAACAACCUCCACGUUACCUCGUUCGAAACACACAGCUCACAUAAAGAUGCGAUACUGCAGUGCUUGCCAAAUAUAUUUAGUGUUGAUUGCAUUUGGUGGAGUUAGAUCAGCAUUGUACAUAUCCUGGGUAUCCAUCCUGUCAUUUUCCAGAGAUAUGUGUUCCUCGUUCAUGACUGUCCUGAUUGGGAGGUGCUACAUGUCACAACAUCAUUAGCUGAAUCUUUGAUUCUGUUGUCUAUUUUCUGUUCAGAAUGAUGUGGCCGGCUAGUUACCACCGCAUGUGCAAACUAACUUCGUAUCAAUGUUACUCAGGAGGAGAGGACUGCAGCCACUUCCCUUGCUAUGCGAUGGUUGAUUCAAUUUCAGGCAGUUCUGGUUUUGCCUUUAUGAAGGAAAGGAACUGAUUGAGUUUUUUUACUAUAUUUAAGAACUUGGUUAUAUUCAAGGGUGGUGCAAGUACUGGUUAUAAGAAAUAUGCCAUGGAAAAUGGUACUGAGGAUGAUACAUAUUCGGAAAACAGGAUUGCAGUUUUUCGGGUUCAAGUUCAGGACCAGAAAAUAUCUAAGCAAUUCAAGUUGACACGGCAGCACCACCGCUGAACUCUUCUUAUUGUCACAUACUACAUGAUGGAGACACGGUAAUUACCAGGGUUGAGAACCUAAGCUCGUCAUGGACCACAGGCUUGCUGAGAGGCAGCUAGAUGUGCUCAAGGUAUGCAAAAGCCGGCGAUGGCAGAGACUGUCAAGAAGGGAGCUCAGUUGCUGAAAGAGAGCGCAACUCAAAUGUUGCGGCUAUGUGGACCACCAAGGCCAGAAGCGAGCGAGCAGGCUGAUGAAGAAGAAGCCUGUGAUGAGUGGUAAAUGCAGGAAGAUGUUCGAUCCCCCCUUUGGUGAUAAACCUUGCUGGUUGCAGUGCUGAUAGCUUGGUUACCAUGGUGAUGUUUAGAUUCUAUGUCCAGUUGGUGAAACUUUCGUUUUAUUCUGUGCUCUUUUGUGAGCCUGGUCCGGUGAUGGUUGUUUUGAGGCUCAUGGUAGCGGUGCUGAUACAUGGUAGUGUAAUACUUUUGGUCUUUGUUGCGUAGUUUCGGAUGAUAUCAGGUUUUCGCCCCGCAGUUUGUGUUCCUGAUGACAGGCAUGAACGGUGGGUUUCCUGAUAUUGUUCCGAACUUGCUUUUUUCCCUUUCCCUCUCUUUCUGGUUCUGGUUUCAAAACAUUGUAUUUCCGUUAUGAAAGUAAUGGAAAGGGGAGAAAGCCCGGUUCGAAAAGUUA